AUGACUCGUGCCGGCGCACUCAGUCAAAGUCGUAUGAGGCAACGGAAGCUGAAUACUAGAGCUGCGCUUCAAAUCAUUCGUGAAGACGAUUUGCACGAGGCCGAUGAUGAUUUGCCCAGAGUGCUGUCGGGUCUUGACAGUGGCGUCGAAAAGGCGGAACAGAAUGAACACCAUUUGCAAGCUGCACUUUCGGCUUCACAAGCAGCCGUCAUCGGUGGUAAGGUCGCUCAGAUAUACAUUCCCACUCCAGAUGCUGUGCAGAGCUCUCUGCAAUAUGACAAGCUUUACCCCCUCACGUACGCGCAGCCGGCGACGUAUGUUCGCUUUUCUUCCACCGUAGAAGACUGCGCAGGCUGUCCGUAUGAUAUGGACGAAGAGGAUCAGACUUUCUUCAAGUUCAUGAACAAGAAAAAGAAUGCCUCCACGCAAUGCUCUGAAGAUCAAUUCGAAGAAAUCGUGAACUGCUUCGAGGAGACGGCUCAAGUGAAGCAACCAUUUGCUGCCGUAGACAGCCCUCCUGUUCUUUCUUAUGAUGAAAUCGAAAGCUCUAUGGACGAUUACCUUGAUCAUCAUGCGCGGCCCUUCGCUAGAGAAGUUUACGAGCACUGGAAGGCCCGAAGAUUAGAAGCUGGCAAUAAACCCCUAAUAACCGGGCUCAAGUUCGAGACAGGCGCGGAUACCGAUGAUGCCGACCCCUAUGUCUGCUUCCGAAGACGAGAAGUCAGACAGAUUCGGAAGACUCGUGGCAGAGAUGCCCAUAGCGCCGAGAAGCUUAAGAAGCUCCGAAAAGAGCUCGAAGGGUCUCGGGAAAUCAUGGCUAUGAUCAGGCAGAGAGAGAUCACCAAGAGAGAGCAACUUGCCGUAGAAAGACAACUUUUCGAGCAACGGGCCAAUCUGAGGCAAGUCAAGCUGAACCUUCCCGAUCAAUACAAGGAAGGCGACGAAGACAUCCUCGUCAAUCAAAAGCCGAAGAAAAAGCCCUUGGAGAUUACGCAACGUGCACCAGGGAACCAGUAUCGCUUACCGCAAAGAUCAGACGGUCGACCUGCUGAUACUGAUCUAGUCCUUCUCUCAGAUCUUCUGGCGGAACAGGAGAAACUGCUGACACAAGACAUCGACACAAAGAUUGCUCAACAUCAGCAAUGGAACGUUGGUUACAGGGACAUGACCAAAGCCCCGCUGACUCCGCCGUUGGAGUCAGAUGCUGGAUCGACUUUUCGUACCGCAACAACCGAGUAUUUGCCUACACCUCCUGCAUCAAUAUCUUCAGAGCUUUCUGGUGAUGUUGCGCUUGAUUUCAGUGCCGUGAACAUGCGCAAGGCGGAUUCGGUAGCAGUACGCUAUGCUUCUCCAUCCUAUGAUGGACCUUGUCACAGUCAGCCCUCCUUCAGGCGUAGGUAUGGUAGAGGAGGCCGGCUGUGGAUCGAUCGUAGGGGCAUGCGCUUGCCACCCAAGGCAGGUUUUGACUGUCCUGGCGCAGAUCGAUUCAAGUACGAUGACGACGACGACGAAGACGAGGUGUCAGUGUACUUUGUCGAUCCAUUCGACACAGAAAGCAUGCAGUUCCGGGCAAAACUCUUCUCCGCACAGUCGAGUCAAGCUCAAAUGCAAGCUAGGCGGGCCGCCCAGAUGGAGGCACCUUCGCACGGGACAAGCCAUGCUUCCACCUCAGCACGUGCUUCUCGUCAGGCCGGGCCGGGCUGA